AUGUACGGCAUUAUGAAUAUUGCUAUUGAAAAGUUGAUGUCUUACAUGGAAGAAAGGACCAAAAGAGGUGGUUUGGUUAACACCAAAAAGGUCAUUUCUGGAUUCACCAUCGACAUUAUAGCUUCAACUGGUUUUGCAACGGAAACUAACGCCAAUGAUGAUCGAGCAAAAGAAAGUCCUUUUGUCAAAAAUGGACUCAAUUUGUUCAACUUUAAUCCUCUGAAAAUUGCCAGUAUCUUAGCACUUCCGCGACCUAUUCUUGAUUUUCUUGGUUUUACUGUACCUUUUCCUGAAGACUCCAUUAACUUUUUCAUCAAUUUGACUAGACAGAUUGUUCUAGAACGAAAGAAAAACAACGUCAAACGAAAUGAUUUAAUUCAGUUGAUGAUCGACACCUAUGCACUUGAAUUCGAUGGUGAUAAAGAUGAUUACAGUCAUUUAAUGGCUGUUAUGGAUGAGAAAGAAACUCUAACUGAACAAAAACAGCACUCCACAAAAAUGAAAAAGACACUUGACGAAACAGAGAUAAUUUCGCAAGCGGUGUUAUUUUUUAUAGCCGGAUUUGAAACUACUGCUAGUGUUUUAACAACAAUUUUCUUUGAGUUUGCUCACAAUAAGGAAAUUCAAGAACGACUGUUUGAAGAAGUUUUAACCAUUGCAAAAAACACCGAUACCAGUAAUUUAGAUGAAUACUUUGACCAGUUGCUCAAAAACGCUCCUUACCUGAACGCUGUUGUGUCGGAAGCGAUUAGAAAGUACCCACCAGUGGUCCGUUUAGAAAGAAGAGUUGGCUCUGAUGGAAUCAAAGUGGCUGGAAUCCCGGUUGAUAAAGGCGUUCUCAUUGAAAUUCCGACAUAUGCUGUUCAUCAUAAUCCUGAAGUGUAUCCUAACCCUGAAGUCUUCAAUCCUGAUCGGUUUAUGCCAGAGAACAAGCAUCUACUAGUACCGUACACCUACAUUGGCUUUGGAGAUGGACCAAGGAACUGUAUUGGUAUGCGAUUCGCACUGCAAGAAAUCAAGCUUUGUUUAGGGCAAAUUGUGCAAAAGUACCAAUUUUGCAAGGCACCUGACACACCAAAAACGCUGAGUUUCAAAAAGGGUUCUCCAAUGCUUAACACUUUGCCGUUCUUUGUCAAAAUAUCUAAACGAUGA